AUGGUUGCCAUUCUUUCCCUCAUCCUGGCCGGCUCUGCCAUUGUCAGUGCCUCGGCCGUCGUCCCACAACAGCGCGAGUCGCUCCACAAGCGUCUGACCUCCAGCUCCACUGGCACCAGCGGAGGUUACUACUACUCGUUCUGGACCGAGGAGGACACCGGCGUGGACUAUGAGAAUGGAGACGACGGCGAGUACACUGUGACCUGGGAGUCGAGCAGCAUCGACUUUGUCGCCGGUAAGGGCUGGGAGGAAGGAUCUGACAGGUCCAUCUCCUUCGAGGCCGACUUCAGCCCCGACGGCAAUGCCUACCUCUCCGUGUACGGCUGGACCACCAGCCCGCUGGUCGAGUACUACAUCCUCGAGAACUACGGCGACUACGACCCAUCGGCCCAGCUGACCUACGUGGGCACGCUGGACUCAGAUGGCUCCACGUACGACGUGUACCAGACGACCCGCACGGAUGCCGCCUCCAUCGAGGGCGACGGCGAGACCUUCAGCCAGUACUGGAGCAUCCGCCAGGACCUGCGCAGCAGCGGCACCGUCACCACCGCCAACCACUUUGAUGCGUGGGCGUCGCUGGGCCUGACCCUUGGCUCUUUCACCGAGGGCGCGUACCAGAUUGUGGCGACGGAGGGAUAUGAGAGCUCUGGCACCAGCACCGUCACCGUCACC